AUGGAGGAAAAGGACGGGUUGAACGGCUCUGGGUUCAGGUUAAAAGGCGAUGAAGCCCCUCAGAGUUACAGAGUCGAGCCGAGUGAUGAAAAUCCCGGCAUCCAGUCUGGCGGAUCGACUGCGCCGCCGCCUCCGGUGGCGCCAUCUCCAAACGCGGCGGAUCCGUCGACGGAGUUGAAGAAGAAAAGGGGGAGGCCAAAAAAGCGCUCAGGAGAUGGUUCUGCUGCAGCACUAUCACCCAUGCCGAUAUCCGCUUCGAUUCCCUUCACCGGCGAUUACUCCUCGGCUUGGAAGAACAGUGCAAGCCGGCCGGUGGACACUUUCAAGAAAAAGCACAAGUUGGAGUUUGAAAAUCAAGGGCAACCAGUGGCGUGCUCUUUCAGUGGAAGUUUUAUACCUCAUAUGCUAACGGUUAACAGUGGCGAGGAUAUCAUGAUGAAGAUAAUAUCAUUUUCUCAACAAGGAUCGAGAGCCAUUUGUAUUCUGGCUGCAAAUGGCACUAUCUCAAAUGUCACAAUUCGUCAAGCAAAUUCUUCUGGUGGGACUUUAACUUAUGAGGGUCGUUUCGAAAUCCUUUCUCUAACAGGAUCAUUUAUGCCGAGUGACAAUGGGAUGACAAAAAGCAGAUCGGGCGGGCUUAGUGUCUCUCUGGCGGGCCCCGAUGGCCGUGUAUUGGGUGGAGGAUUAGCCGGAAUGUUAGUCGCGGCAGGUCCUGUUCAGUCUGAAGAUGAUAGAAAUCGGGUAUUAAAUGGAGGUCCUUGGCUCUUCAAUAAGAAGGUUAUAUCUCUGAUUAAUCCUCAAGGGGCUGGAGCUUUAAGUGCCAUGGACUUUCAUACCAUACCCUUCUGGGUGCACUUUCUUAAUCUGCCGUUGGCUUGUCAUAUGGAACAGUGUGUUCGGUUGGUGGGGCAACAUUUGGGAGAGAUUAUCGAUGUGGAUACUGAAGGCAUUACACCUCGAGCUAAAGUUAAAAUUGAUAUCUCUAAACCGCUUAGAAGGCGUCUUCGAGUUUACUUGGAGGCGCAUUGGAUGAAGAAUAUACUAUUCCUAUCCAAUAUGAGAAGCUACCGGAUUUUUGCUUCAACUGCAACUUACUCGGGCAUAGGAUGUGCGAGUGUCCAAAAAAGAUGGAUGGUCAACCCCUUGAAGCUAACCGCAAGUAUGGGGACUGGCUGCAUGCUUUACUUCUUAUCCUCAGACAAAAGCAGGGGCGGUCAAAUUUUUUUUCGUCUAAUACAGCUAGUCCUCAACACUCAAGCGACCCCAGUGUAA